UUACAUAAUCAAACCCUCAAUUACCAUUUUUACAAGCCAAUAGAAAAUCAAUUCCACCAUUUCACGUAAACUUCAUAGCAGAAGAUAAAAUCUCUGCUCAGCUCUUAUGUUUUAUAGCUGUUUUUAUAGUUAUUUUUAAUAAUCAAUUUUUCUGGUUCGGUGGUUGAAUUAUUGAAAACUAUGUAACAAAAAUCUCUUAUCCCUCUAAUUUUUAGAUGUUUUUUUUCAGAUUAAAGAGCAAAAAACAAGAAUUGGGGUUAUGAGUUCUUGAUGUAAAUUGUGGGAUUUGCACAAUUUUUGGUUUUAUUUUUGAGUUUCCAAGGUAUAUUAUACAUUGGGUUAAAGUAUUUUAAUUUGUGUUCCCUUUAGUGGAGUUUUCUUGUUUUUUUUUCUGCAACUGAAUCUUUUAUAAAAAAAAAUGUUCCAAGUUUGAUGGAGAAGGGAAGUUUUUUAAGGUUCAUUCAUAAAGUUAGUAACUUUUUUGUUGUAGUUAUCUGAAAAUCAGAUUAAUUUUGAAAAAAAAAAAGAUUUUAUUUUUCUGUUAUUUAAGAGGUGGUAUAAUUGGAAGGUGUAAUUUUUCUUUUGGGGUUUUCUUGUUCUUAUGUGACUGAAUCUUUUAUUAAAAAAUGUUCCAAGUUUGAUGGAGAAGGAAAGUUUUUAAGGUUCUUUAUGAGACACCCAAGCUGGAAAUCUCAUAAAGUUUGUAACUUUUUUUUGUUGUAGUUAUCUGAAAAUUAGAUUAAUUUUUUAAUAAAAGGUUUUAUUUUUCUGUUUAUUUAUGAGGAGGUUGAAUUGGAAAAAGCUGUAACUUUUCAUCUGGGGUUUAGUUGAAAAAUGUUUAUUUUUAUUUCUUGAAAUUUUAGGUGCUAAAUUCAGCUAUUCUUCAGGGUCAAAUGUUAGUUGUUGUAUUCUAUUAUGACCUAUUUUUGUGGGGUUUUUAUUAGCUGUCAAUUUUCUUGCCUUUGGUUCAAGUUGAAUUGGAAAAAGCUGUAAUUUUUCAUCUGGGGUUUAAUUGAAAAAUGUUUAUUUUUAUUUCUUGAAAUUUUAGGGUUCUAAAUUCAGCUAUUCUUCAGGGUCAAAAUUCAAAUAUUAGUUGUUGUAUUCUAUUAUGACCUAUUUUUGUGGGGGGUUUAUUAGCUGUCAAUUUUCUUGCCUUUAGUUCAAGUUGAACUUGAACAUGGUUUGAAAACUUGACUAAGUUAAUUGCUAAUAAAAAGGUAGAAGACAAAAAGGUGAAGAAUUUGAAUUAUGUUGCAUAUUGUUUGUUUUAUAUAUUAGAGAACUUGUUUAUGUCUUACCUACCUGAAUAAUGACAACAUUAUAGGCCAGAUACAAUGGAAGGAAAUCCCUCUUCCUUUGGGGUUCCAUGGUUAUAAUAUAAAUAGAGAUUCAAGGUUUCUGAACUCUUUUGUACUAUUAAUAUGAUAAAAUAAUUAUAAGGAUCUCUUUUCUUGAUUUUGGCUUAAGCAAUACAUGCCUGUCUUGAUGUUUGUUUGCCAUCAAUUUCAUUGUGUUCAUUUUCUUACCUUAUCUGUCUUGGAAUAGGAACAAAUCACUCAUUUAGUGUUUCAUUGAGGUUCCAGAAUCUUGAUACAUUCGUCUGACUCUGUGUCCGGUGCUGUAUUGGAUAAGUUUCUGGAUAUAGGAAGAAAUGGCCAUGACAUUUACCCCCUUGUCAUGGUUGCUCUGGAGUGGAAAGCAUCAAGAACCCAAAAUUUCCAAUGGUUCUUUAAAUUCAUCACCUGAAUCGUUAUUGUGGGAAUCGGAUACUUUGAAGUUUCCUCUUGAUCGCAGGAGGGACAUGACUUCCUCAUCAAGAAGGGUUAAGCGGAAAUGGCAGAGUCGUGAGGAACGAAAGAUUGACAGGGAAUAUGAUAUUGUUAUUGUGCCAUCAGAUGGUGGAUGUGUUUCAGGGUCUGAGUCCGAGGAUUCAGAUUGGUCAGUUGGAUGGUUGGAGCCUCAUGGACCUGGAUUCAAUAGUGAUGAUGAUUUAGAUGAUAGCUUUGCUGUGCUUGUUCCUUGCUAUGGCUACGGUUGUGCAAAUGUGGAAGAAAAUGCCCAAGAUAAGUUUCUGCAAGCCAUUGGAAACUUGAAGGAUUUAUAUGAUACUGAGAAUAAGAAGUAUAUGGAGCACUGGGUCUCAUCUCUGAGAGAUCACUGAAAUCCAGCAGCGCCUAUGGUGCUGAUCAGAACUUGUUUUCUGCUGCCUAUCCUGAUUCUAUUUUGCAGUGGAUCAAACUUGAGCUGUUAUGGUUACUCAUUACAAGCUUAGAUAUGAACUCUGUAGAAAUAUAAAGAUAUAAUCCUACAACAAAACGAAAAAAAAAAGAGUGUGGAAAUAAUGUAUAUUCGUAGAAAGAUGAGUGAGCUUGAAGGGCUUUAAUAUUUGAGGAGAAGAAACAGCAGACGAUAUAGGUAUCUGCUGCUUCCAAUCCACCUGAUGCAUCUCGAAAAGGAAAAAAAAUGAAAAAAAAAAACAAGAAAAAGGAACCUCCCUUUAGUAUUUCAUGGUAUUUGAUCUCCAGAAUUGUCUCCGAAGAUGUGACCUCUACUUGCAAUGCUUCUUCAUGAACAUUGGUGUAAAUUUUCGAUGUAAAGUGACUGGAAGGAGACAGAAAGAAAUGGAUGAUGGAGGACACAAUAUUCUUAAAAAGAGGGUAAGGCACAGCUGUGUGUUCUGCUUUAUAUCAUUCUUUGAUGUAAAUAUAUCUGUGAAUAUGUAAAUAUGUUCAUCUAGUUUGUAAAUACGUCGCGUGAAGUUUGAUAACCUUCAUAAGUAUUGUAAAUAAUUGUAAACCUCAGACAGCAUUUGUUUGCAAUAAUAUGCCUCUUGCUGUUUAUUUUUUA